GUGCUCAUCGACUAUCGGAAGGGGGUGCUAUCGAUACGUUUCUCCCCAUUAUUUUUCUAUUCGCAAUUCGGUGUGUGGUGUGUUUGGCAGCAGAGAAAAUUUAAUCAAAGAAAAGUCCACGAAAAAAAGGCAGAUUAAUCGAUACUCCCAGUCCAUGCACACAAGUCCGCAGUUUGCAUAUUCUGAUCGGUAUUGCAACUCGGAUUUGAACUUGUCAUAAUUCCAGCCAGCAGGCAGCGAGCAGACCAACUUGAGAUCCAACUCCCUACGACUAUUGAGCAAGCGAAAGACAAACAGCAGCCAUGGGAAACGUAUUUGCGAACUUGUUUAAAGGCCUAUUCGGCAAAAAGGAAAUGAGAAUAUUGAUGGUCGGUUUGGAUGCCGCUGGUAAAACCACAAUUCUGUACAAACUCAAAUUAGGCGAAAUUGUUACAACGAUACCUACCAUUGGUUUCAAUGUGGAGACUGUAGAAUACAAGAAUAUUAGCUUUACAGUGUGGGAUGUGGGCGGCCAAGACAAAAUUCGUCCCCUGUGGAGGCACUACUUCCAGAAUACACAAGGUCUCAUCUUCGUCGUGGACAGUAAUGACCGAGAGCGUAUCGGGGAGGCGAGAGAGGAGUUGAUGCGCAUGCUGGCAGAGGACGAGCUGAGGGAUGCAGUCUUACUAAUCUUCGCAAACAAACAGGAUCUGCCAAAUGCGAUGAAUGCGGCCGAAAUUACCGACAAGCUCGGCUUGCACUCACUCAGAAACCGUAACUGGUACAUUCAGGCGACGUGUGCAACUAGCGGCGAUGGGCUCUACGAGGGACUCGACUGGCUGUCCAACCAAUUGAAGAACGCUAAUCGCUAAUUAAACACUAAAACUAAACCAACAAUAUGAAUACAACUAACUCUGAUUUCAAGCAAGGCGAAGCAGUUAACCAGCAACCAAAACCACAGAAAGAGCGGCUGAAGAAUAUCCAACAUCCAGCGGUGUACAUCGACAUCAGAAGGAAUUAUCACAAAACAGCAGCGGCACCAACACCAACAACAAGAGCAGCAGAUCUUCGCAUAACUUAAAGGGCUCCUUAUGUCCGUAUUUCCAAACAAGAAACUGAAAUUGUUUAUUGAAUUGCAAAAACAUAACCUUUCAAGCAGCAUAUAAAGAACGCUAUAAUUUAA